GUGAUCAUAAUAUUAUUUACAAUUUACAAAUGUUCAAACACGUGUACACAGUGUAUAGACUAUAAAUACAACAAAAUAGAUUUAUGAAAAUUAAAAAUAGUGUUAAAUAUAAACCAGGAAAACAUUAAAAAUGGACAGAAAAAGAACAUCUCCAGUUCAUAAAUAUUUUAAAUUUAAUAUUUUGUUUGGAAAAUCAGUAUGUCAAAUAGUUUCUUGUGAACAUGCUCUGGUUGGUGAAAAUGCUAAAAAUUUAGAGCGCCAUACAGAAAAUUUCAACUACGAUAUUUUUGCUAAAUAUUUGUCUGUGGAAUCUAGAGAAAUUAAAAGGAAAAAUAAAUGUAAUGAACUGACAAGUAUCCAGCAAAAACCAAUAACACAAUCAAAACUAAAUUUUGAAAAUAAGAAACAGAGUAUUUCUAUUGAACUAACAGCAAACCAAUUCUACUCAACUUGUACGGAAUUAGUGACAGUCAAUGGACGCCCUUUUAAAUUAUUAGAGGAUAGUGGAUUUCUUAAAAUUUUAAAUCCUUUAUUAAAAGGUUUGGGCGAUAGCUGUUAUGUUAUUAAUAAAAGAAAUGUAAGAUCAAAUUUAAUAGUUAAAUCAAAUGAAGUUGUGGCAAAUAUUAAAGACUCAAUUAAAAAUAAAUUGUUAUGCUUUAAAAUGGAUUGUGCAUCGAGAAAAGAUAAAUCCAUUAUAGGAAUAAACGUUCAAUAUGCAGCUGCUCAUACAGCAGUAACCACUUUACAUACAUUAGCUAUGAUAGAGUUAACCCAGCAACACAUUGCAGUGUAUUUAAAAAAAAAAGAUGUCAAUGAAGUUCUUAAAAUGUUUGAAAUUAAAAAACAACAAAUCACAACUGAUAAUGCAAGAAAUUUUAUCAAGAUGGUAGACCUAAUGCAUAAAGAAAAUGAUGAAUUGUUAGAAGAUAAUACAAAUAAUAAUCCAACUAACAAAGAUUUAGAAUUAGAUGAGAAUUAGAUUUAGAUGGCUUAGAAGAUGAUUUAGCA